AUGUCAUAUAGAAGGGUGUCUGAUCAGCCACCACAGAGGCGGAUAUUACGGACUCAGACUGCUGGGAAUUUAGGAUCAGACCCAAUCUUGGACAGUGAAGUGGUGCCUUCCUCACUUGUUGAGAUAGCUCCCAUCCUUCGUGUUGCUAAUGAAGUAGAGGCUAGCAAUAAAAGAGUUGCUUAUCUCUGUCGGUUUUAUGCCUUUGAACUAGCUCACAGACUAGAUCCCCAAUCUAGUGGACGUGGUGUUCGCCAAUUCAAAACUGCUCUUCUUCAGCGUCUGGAGAAGGAAAAUGUCACAACAUAUGAGGGAAGGAAGAAGAGUGAUGCUCGUGAAAUGCAGGCUUUUUAUAGGCAGUAUUACGAAAAGUAUAUUGAAGCAUUACAAAAUGCUGCUGAUAAGGACCGUGCUCAGCUCACAAAAGCAUAUCAAACAGCUGCUGUUUUAUUUGAGGUAUUGAAGGCAGUAAAUCGAACAGAAGAUGUUCCUGUGUCUGAAGAGAUUAUGCAAGCUCAUACUAAGGUUGAGGAACAAAAGCAAUUAUAUGCCCCUUAUAAUAUUUUGCCACUUGAUCCAGAGAGUGGAAAAGAGGCUAUAAUGAAAUAUCAUGAGAUAAAAGCUGCUGUUUCUGCGCUACGUAAUACCAGGGGUUUGCCUUGGACAAAGGAUCAUGGUAACAAAGUAAAUGAAGACAUUUUGGACUGGCUUCAGCUGAUGUUUGGUUUUCAGAAGGACAAUGUGGAAAAUCAAAGGGAGCACUUGAUUCUUUUGCUUGCGAAUGUACAUAUACGACAAAUUCCAAAACCUGAUCAACAACCCAAGUUGGAUGACCGUGCUUUAAAUGAAGUGAUGAAGAAACUCUUUAGAAACUACAAAAGAUGGUGCAAGUAUUUGGGUCGAAAAAGUAGCCUCUGUCAGACUAGUGGAGAUAUGGUGGCUUGUCAUAGUGAUUUCGGUGAGGUGGUCACUGGUCAGAAAAGGUUGGUGGCAGCGAUGACAUUACUGGGCUGA